AUGAAGCUUCGACUCCUACACCUCGCGGCGGCUGCGUUUGCCGUUCCAGCCGCCCAAUCUCACCUCAUCACGCGCCAAAAAUCAUCCAGCAACUGGGCCGGUGCCGUCCACACCACGCGCUCCUCCUCCAUAUCCUUCGUCACCGGGACCGUCACGCUGCCCAAAUACAAGCGAGACCCUAACCUUGGCGCCUCCUUCUGGGUGGGCAUUGACGGCGCAACGUGCCGCAGUGCCAUUCUCCAGACGGGCGUCGACUACCUCAACGACACGGUGUACCCCUGGUACGAAUGGUAUCCGGCCGACGCAAAGUUGAUCCGCAUGAGCGUCAAUGCCACGAGCGCCACGUCGGGAGUUGCUACUCUGGAGAACUUGACCACGGGGGAGGAGGCGCGUGGCGAGAUGAAGAACCAGCAGCAGCUUUGCUUGAGGGACGCCAAUUGGAUCGUGGAACUUUUACCGAAAAAAGGCCUCAUUGACUUUGGGGUCGUCAGUUUUGAGGCGGUUGAGUGGCAUAGUGGUGAGGGGAGGAGAGGCGCGGCAGCGGCCAAGGUUUACGAUAUCGAGAAGGCCGGGAGGAAGAGUACGAGGUGCAGUGUUGGGGGGGAUGUUGUUUUACCAGUAUAG